AGAGAUCGAUACCCAUUUCUAAUUUCUUUGAAACUCCACUUCUUGAUAUCCAUACAUGAGUUUAAUAUUAUAGUGAACAUCAUAACCUGUAAAAGAUUACAUCUUCAUCUUCAUCAUCUUCAUUAUCACCACAGUACGUUUAAGCAAAUACUGAAUCAAACGAUGAAUAGUUGUUGAUAGAGUAAAUCUUACAUAUAUUUGAGAUGAAGUUAUAUAUUAUAAAUUGUAUAUUCAUCAUUACAUAUACAUAAUAAAUAAAUUUAUCCUCCAUAUCUAUCUCUGUAUUUAUAGUAAGAAUUAAAAUCAAAUCAUAACCUGUAAAUUGUUACAUCAUCAAAAAUUUAAACUGUAAAAACAAAUAAAAAUAUAAUUUUUUUUUUUUGUAUGGGAGUUUUAACAGAGAUGAGUAAAAAGUGAAAGAUUAAAUAUUUGCAAUCAAUAGAAAUCAAUAUAGUUAUUAACGAAUAUACCAUGGCUGAAGUUAAGAAAGUUAGUAAACCUCAAUCAUCAAGAAAGGGGAAGAGAGCCUGGAGAAAGAAUAUUGAUAUUAAUGAUGUUGAAUCUGGUUUAGAACAAGCUAGAGAUCAAGAAAUUAUAACUGGAAAGAAACGUACCAAUCAUGAUGAAGAUGAUGAUGAAGAAGCUGAUUUUAUAAUCGAUGAUAAACCAUGCACUACUAUCAUUAACAAGACUCAAGUUAAGAAAUUGAAAUCGACUGAGAUUUUAACUAAUAAAUCUAAAAUCCCUGCUUUAAUAAAUAAAAAUAAAAAACAAGAUAAAACCACUAUUCAAGGGGUUAAAAAGACUGAUUUAUUAAGAUUAAUUAAAUUAAAUGGGGGUAAAUAUAAAGAAGAAUCUAAAAUACUUAAUAGAAUUGAAAAGGAUGGAUUAAUAAAUGUUGACAAUAAAGAUUUAUGGGGUGCAUCAGAAGUUGAAUCUACUGCUAUUUCUGAAUUUUCAUCAACUGCUGAAGUUACUACUGCUUCAGUGAUUCCAAAAACUUUAAAGACUCAACCUAUUAAUAUUAUUGAAAAUGAUUUGACUAAGAAUGUGGUUGAUGCUGGUAAAUCUUAUAAUCCAUCUUUAGAAUCAUGGAAAUCAUUAAUUAAUAAAGAAUAUAAUGUUGAAUAUAAACGUGAAGUAUAUAGACAACAAAUGCAAGAAUAUCAAGAAAGAAUCAAAGAUUUGAUGAAUACUUUAGAUGAUAAUGAAUCCGAUGAUGAUGAUGAGAAUGAAGAAACUAAAGAAAUUAAUAAAGAACUUGAAGAAAAAGAAGAAGAUUAUAAAUUAUCAAUUAAUAAACCUACUCAAGUUAAAAUUAAGACUAAGACUAAGAGAAAUAGAGAAGCUAAACAUAAAAAGAGAGUUAAAUUAGAAGAUGAAUUAAAAGAUUUAAAGAAACAAAUGCAUGAUUUACAUAAAUUAGAUGAAAUCCUUGAGAAGGAACAACAAACUGAAAAGGAACAACAAAGAACAGAACAAAAAUUUAAGAGUAAGAAAAAGGGGAAAUUAUUUAAAUAUAAUGCCGUUCAAACUCCAUUAGAAGUUAAAUUAUCAAGUGAAUUAACUAAUAACUUAAAGAAUUUAAAACCUGAAGGUAAUUUAUUCUAUGAUCAAAUGUUAAACUUACAAUCAACUGGUAAGAUUGAAACUAGAAUACCGGUUGCAAAGAGAAGAAAAUAUACUCAAAAGAUUACUGAAAAAUGGACUUAUAAAGAUUUUAAAUAAGUCUUUGAUUAAAUAACUUUGGCAUUUCAUUUUAUAGCAUUUUAAAUAUUGUACAAUAGAGAAUAUACACUUUUACAUUCAAAUAAUUUCGGUAGAUAUUAAAUCGUAUAAUAAAUCGGGUAAACU